AUGUCUAAGCGGCAACCGGGUCAGACGAAGAAUGCUUUGGAGAUACAGUUGGAGGCCGAGGAGAAGAAGGUCGACGAGAUAAUCUUGCGCGAGCGCAAGAAGGCGCAUCUGGAAUGGGAGACCUUCAGAAGAUCUGCUAGGAGAGAAAUGCUCGAGAUCGAAGCCCGCAGCAAGGAAAGGCUCGCAGAUGAGAAGAGCAAAAUUGAGGAGGUGAAGAUACAAGCGAUGGGUAGGUUAUCCAAGGUAAGGGAAGGCAUGGACGAAGCAUUGAGGCAGUUGAAGAGUAAACAUGAGAGGGAGUGGAGUAGACUGACGGGAUUAGAGACAGACAUCAUUUUGGAGCGGGAAAGAGAGAUGGCGGCGACGAGAACAAGCAUGGAGGAGGAGGCAGAGGAAAAGAUAAAGGACGUCAAGGCGAAGCUGAAGGCGGAGAAUGAUGAUCUCUACGGUCGUUUCCGAGAAGCAGUCCAGCGCGCACGGGCCGAGGGGCGAAAGCGUAAGACUGAUGCAGUGGAGAAGUGGUUUGAAGAAAAGAACAAGAGGGAGCGGAAUCUGAUGCUAGCCAAACAGACAGAAGCGGAGGCAUCUGGGCAACACAGGGAAUGGGAACGACGAGCAAAAAGUAAGGGAGACGAGAGCAAGCGACGGACCGCAGAGAAGGGCAGGAAGAUAUGUCUGGCUGGACAGCAGGUAAGCGCGCGCGCUGCCAGAGCCUGGGCGGAGUACGAGGACCGCUGGAGGAGGAUCAAGUCAGACUCUCGAGAGACGGUUCUAUUGUUUCGCGACAUACCAUGGCCGACGUUGAAGACCCCAUACCAUGCCUUCGACAUUGAGAUCGAUGGCAUACAUGAAUUCGUUCUGUCUCCAAACCACUCCCCCGGGAUGUCAGUGGAGGCAAGGCUGAAUUCGGAGCUCAUGCGAUGGGAUGAGGAUGUGUUCGCCUAUGUCCUUUCCAGGGUGGCUGAAGCGGACAAGACGCAAGUGGAACUCGGGGCUAUUCUCGUGAGGACGUUUUUGGAGGAGCUAUUAGAAAGGAGCGAGACUACGCCGAGCAUGGGCACGGACAAGAGAAGUUCGCGGAACUCCUUGUCCAGUAUGUCUCCUUACAGAGAAGAUUGA